CUUUGUAGUUCUGCUGACCGUCUUUCAUUUGGCAUAGCUUAAUACUAUUAUAACGUUCUAUGUUGCAUCUAUACUACACACUACUCCUUGUAUAUCACAGUAAAAGAGUACAUGAUAUAUGACAAUACGCAUUCUGAUGCUGGCUGUUCCUUGAAUAAUAUGUGUAAUGGAGAAUAUCUAUUGGCUAUAUUACUACAUUAUUCAUCAUUUUCCUGCAAUGCUUGUACACUUAGUCUGUUUCAUAUAAAUGCUUGAUUAUCUGCUAUCUUUGCAGAGCAAAAUAUCUGGUUCAAGUGGAGCCUCAUCUGCCCAGCCCUCAAGCAGUUCUGAAACCAGUCAGCCACCUCCUGUAGAUCCUCUACGACAAGCUCCACAACCCCCUGUGGCAGAAGCUACAACUUCUCAGCCUGAAAGAUCUCCUGCACAGUAUGUAAUCCGGGCCCCUUCAAACACAUAUGACAAUGCAGCAUCAAAUCUACUAUCAGGAAGCAAUAUUGACACAAUGAUUAACCAGCUAAUGGAGAUGGGUGGAGGCAGUUGGGACAGAGAUAAAGUCCAAAGGGCUCUUCGUGCUGCUUACAACAACCCGGAACGUGCUGUUGAAUACCUGUACUCUGGUAUUCCAGUAACAGCUGAAGUUGCUGUUCCAGUUGGUGCUCUAGGAGGAAACACAACUGAUCAACCUCUUACAGGGGAAGCCAAUCUCGCUGGAAUUCCAAACAGUGCUCCAUUAAAUCUUUUUCCGCAGGGGGGUUCCAAUGCUGGAGGUGGGCCACUUGAGUUUCUUAGAAACAACCAACAGUUUCAAGCACUUAGGGAAAUGGUCCAAACAAAUCCACAAAUCUUGCAGCCUAUGCUCCAGGAAUUGAGCAAGCAGAAUCCUCAAAUUCUAAGGUUGAUUCAGGAGAAUCAUGCUGAGUUCCUUCAGUUAAUAAAUGAGCCCUUUGAAGAUGGCGAGGGGGACUUCUUAGAACAACCUGAGCAGGAUGAAAUGCCUCUUACUAUCAAUGUUACACCAGAGGAGCAGGAGGCCAUUGGACGGCUUGAAUCCAUGGGGUUUGAGAGAGCACGUGUCAUUGAGGCAUUCUUUGCCUGCGACAGGAAUGAGGAGCUAGCUGCAAACUAUCUUCUUGAGCAUGCUGGUGAGGAAGAUUGAGCGGGAAUAGUUUGCACUCGCUUGACAGCCUUUUCUGGACAUCUGACCCAAAUUGAUCGAGAAUGCAACGGUAGUUCUGAAUUACUAAGCAAGGUUGAGAAUGAGCCGGACACUUCGUAUUGAUCCCUUGUGCGAGACCCCAUAUUACAUGUCGCCCUGUACAUUUAAA